AUGCGGAGAGAUUUACAGUUCUACUCAUCUAAGCUGCUCUGUGGAUUCCAGGAAGAACGGGUCCAGGAGAUCAACACCUCACCCGGUUCACAUUAUGGAACUGGAAAAGAGAGUCAAGCACAGUUAAGUGACAUCUCCCAGCCUGAUUCUUUCAAAGCAGUGGAGCUAGGAGACACAGUUACUAUUACAUGUCACAUUCAUAGUCCUGCAAGGCCACAUAUGUGGUACAAGCUGACCACUGGGAAGAGACUACAGCCCAUAUCUGUUGAGCCAGUGGCCACAACAGAUAGGUUUUAUAAUCUGACAACAUUUAAUAAGGAACCUCACCGUUAUUCAGUAAAAUAUGGCAAAAACAACAAUCACCUGAGUAUAUCUGCAACAACAGGGGAAGACGUUGGAACGUAUUACUGUGGGCUGUUGAACGUAAAGGACAUUCAGUUUGGAUCAGGAACCUUUCUAAUGGUCAAAGGUCUAAAGAUGAUCAGUGAUUCUAUCGUCCAGCAGCCAGAGUCUACAUCUGUCCAGCCAGGAGACUCUGUGACUCUCAGCUGUUCUGUUCACACUGGUCAUUGUGCAGCAGAACACACUAGUGUCAUGUGGCUCAAACACUCUGAUCACGCUGCUCCAGAAACCAUUUACUCCUCUGGAAAUAAAAACAACACCUGUCAGAGGACUAAGAAAGACUCUGAAGAAACUACCUGUGUCUACAACCUGCUCCUGAGGAACCUCAGCUCUGAUGAUGCUGGGACCUACUACUGUGUCGUGACUUCAUAUGGACAGACACUGUUGGGAAACGGAACCAGGAUUAAUAUUUUCAAUAACAUGGAUUUUGGCUGUGUGGUGAAUCACAACAGUGGAGGUCUGGCUCUCAUCACUAUACGGGGUGUUUUACUAGCUUUCUUAAUAUAUGUGAUUAUUAAAACAGCCACCUGCUGCCAUACAGAGUCUAGUGCAGGAUUAUCAACUCCCCCCACAACCAACGUUGAUGCAUCUGCUGUCCAACACGCUGCUCUAAAGGAGGACAGAUCAGAAAGAGAGAGAGACGACACCUGGAGUGAAUGUGUGUACUUUAGUGUGAAGCAGCAGAGCUGAGCAUGUUUCCUCUUUGUCUCUGUAAAACAGGACACAGCCUUAUUAAAGUAGUUUGCAAAGUAUAAUUAGGCUUUUCUUUAACUGCUUAUUAUAAACAUUAUUUCAUCUGGAUAUGAUCACAGUGAAGCCUGACGCUGUAAUAAAUC